UGGCUGACAAUGGACAAGGACAUGGUUGCCAUGACUACAAACUGAGGGAGAUGCUCAUGCUUGAGGGCAGAUCAAAAUACCCUUUCUAAUGGUGGUCUGUCUAGUCAGCACUGAGCAUGGUAACCCUGAGUGCAUGCCCUCACAUAACCUCUGCUCCAAAGACCUCCUAACAGUUUUUCAGAAUGACAAUUUAUUGACAUGACCAUGCUUCUUCUUUCCAUCCAAUGAUGUACUCCCUCUGCUCAAAGUCUGUUAACUUGGCAAAAUGUUUUGGAAUGCAUCGUACAGAUAUGCAGGCAGUCUAAGAAUCUUGGACCUAUCAUCAUGGAUGCUUGCACUCAAAGCCUGUGUUGCCAGAUGAAGCCCAAAUUAUCUGUGAAAAAAGAAAAUGUCACCGAAGGCCUGUUGAGUUCUGUGAAGUCCUUACUACAAAGCAGGAAAGAGCUGUGCACCAUCACAGACAGUGACAAGACAGGGGAUUUUAUCGAGGUCACUUUCCUUGGGCUUUCAGAGGAAUCAGGAGCAGGAAAUAUUCAGGGUGUAGCAGCAUUUCACUUGGACAUUCCAGAACUGGUCAGAUCUCUUCAUCUGUGCAACCUAAAUGAAAAUGAAGUCCUCCUUUUAAAGGAUGUAAAGGAAACGACAAAAUCAAAUGCGUCACAGGGUCUUUUUUUAGGAGCAAUGUGUCUAAUGAGCACUUCAUCAUUCUCCCUCUUUAAAAGUGAUGCUCUGUUUGUAAUGCUGAGCAAAUAUACAGCUGGUGUGAAAUAUGCAAUGGAGCAAGAAUUCUUAAACAGGUUAAAUAAGAAGGCCGAGCACCAUGAAGAUGAUGAUACCAAUCACUCUGUGUCUUCAUUUGAGGAUGAUUUUGUAACUGCAUUUGAACAUUUAGAUGAAGAGGAGCCUACAAAUACAAACCACAGCCAAGGACUUGGAUGGGAAACUGUGAAAAAUCAACGUGACGCUUCUUCACAGACUCAACCUUCCCACUGCGUAGACAUAAGUGGAUCUAAAAUCAUAUUCAGCUCAGUGCGUCGUAGAUCUUCCAUCAAGUCUGCCGUUCUAAUGGGUUACUUAGGACUUCCAGAAAUAGCAUCUACUGUCAAAAACACAGUCACAACAUCCAUGUGUAAUACCUGGAAACAGAGAAAUGUUUCUGCCCAUGAGAAAAUCGUAUUAUCUCCAUCUCCUGUGGAAACCUCUGAAUCUGAGUGCUCUAGUCCAAGUCCUAUAAUUUUCUUAGAUGAAGAGGGUUACCAAAAGAGCUUAAGAGCAAAGCUCAGUCUGCCAAAGAUCCCUGUUGGCAAAGAUGGCAUUGAGGACUCUGACUCUGAAUUAAGUGAAUUCUUUGAUAGUUUUGAUAGAUUUGAUGAACCAGAAACCUCACCAGAUGCCCCAAAUAACCAGAAAGCUGUUUUUGCCAGUCCACCCAAAAAAAGGAAGUGUGCCAAGGGAAGCAUAAGUACAGUUUGCAUGAAUCCACAAAAGUUUAAAUUUGAUUGUCCUGCUCUAUCAGCCUGUGUAAAAAAGCCUACUCCUCGUAAAGCAGAAUCUCCAUUUAGUAAUAUGAGUGAUGUUCCAGAUUCCCCUCGACCAACAAAAACCUGCUCUGAGGAUAACAGUACGUUGUUUAGUCCUAUCCGAUCAUCUGCCUUUAGUCCUCCUGGAGUUCCCUCUACAUCAGAGUGUACAUCUCAUUUACCGAUUCAGGGAGAUUUUCCUCCUUUUGCUGACAAUUUUUAUGAUGGGUUAAGUGAUUACGCAAACCGUGUGUGCAAUGACAUGUUUGACACAGUUCUAAAUACCAAUUCGCUCUCCAAAACUGUAAAAAAAGAGCAAGAGAAAACUCCAAAACUAAAACGUAAAUCUCAUGGCAAAGAGAUGGAACGGAAGUCAAAGUCCAAACACAAAUCCAUUAAGGGAGGAAUUCAGAAAUUUGCAUCAGACCUGGUAGAAAAGAGUUUAGGUGGUGCAUUUAAGGACUUGCAAAGAGGUGUUUCAUCUUGUACAAGUGCACUGUGCCACCUAGCUGCAAGGCUAACUUCAUAUGUUUUUCAAAUGGCAUUCUAUGAAAUUGGUAGGAGACAGGCAUUCUCCAUUAAGAAACGAGCCAUCAAUAGUCUGGCAAACCUCAUGGUGAGUGAAGUCAUUACAAGUGCUUUACAAGAGCUUAGGUAUAUAAAGAAGCAAAUGGUUACCAAUGCAGUAACCCGAUUUGCAGCAGACCUUGCUGAGGAACUGGUUUUUGAAGGAAUUAUGGAAGUGUGUCAGUUUUCCCACCCUCCAACCCCAAGUGUUUCUUACUGCCAGUCAUUUGAUUAUGAAGAUGUAGUAGUAAGUUCCUAUGCUAAAGACUUAUCAGAAUCUGUAAUCCAGGAAGCUUUUAUUGAACUUUCUCAGGUGAAUGUAGGUUUUACUCCAGAAGCUGCUAUAAGUGUUUCAGUGGAUAACCUCAAAUAUGUAAGCUCUGAAGGUAUGAUGCAGUCAAGUCCAUCAUCACCCGUGUUCCCUGCUCCCAGAACUCAAGAAGUUUCACCUAUAGUGCAGAAGUCUAACAGAGACUUCACUGUUCAGUAUGCUUUGUUCUUUACAUCUGGUCUUGUCAGCUCCGUUCCUGUACCUGUAGCCGCUAAAGUCUUGAGCCAACAACCAUUAUCAAAUGAUCAAACGUUGUGUGUGGAAAGUGUAAAAAAUUAUCAUAUUUCUGCAAAAAGCAUCUCUGAUAUGUCAUCCGACAAAAAUAUUAUACUUGGUAAUAGCCAGGAAGAUGGAGAUGGCAUUAAAACCUUUUCUGUAACUAUGGUGGAUAUGAUUGUGAAUGAAGCAUAUGAUGUUAUAAAGUCUGCCAAAACUGUGGACGAUUAUGCUGAAAUGAUGACCAAUAAAAUUAUUGGCAUGCCUAUUCAAGUCUCUUUGGAUGGAAGGGCCUCACAAAAUCAUGAAGACUCGGGCAAGGCCAUAUUUAAACAUUCUGUUGGUAAGAGCACACAAACUGCCUCAAACUUGUUAGAAGAAAUAAAGUCCAGCAUUUUGGUUGACCAUAAUAAAAAUCUUACACAUGAAACAGAAAUGAUUUAUUACACUCCAAAAUCUUCUGAGCAACAGAAAAGGAUUUUUAGAUGUCCUCAAGCCGUGGAGCAUGCCACACCAACCCCAUCAUACUUUUCUGUUAAGCCACUGGAACCGGAUAACAAGUAUCCCUUAAGCACUUGUCCGGGAACAUCAAAUGCUUCGAAUAAUAAAACAGAAACUACAACUUCCAGGAGAAACGCACACAGUACCGAUGGAUCAGACCCUUCGUUGUUUAGCCUUCACAGCUGUCUCCCUCACAUUAAUACUUUUCCCUCCGUAAUGUGUAGUUGUCGUGAUGACUCCUUCGUUGAAGAAAAGAAUCCUCAUAAAGAGUCUGUGUCCAGAAUGCCUGGUACACCACCACCAACGCCUUUGACAAGUUAUGACAGAAGUCCAGAAAGGAGCAUGCGAAAACUUAACAAAAGACUAAAGGGACAACUGGCAAAAGAGUUUUAUCCGGCCACCCCACCAUCUACUCCUCAUUUUUCUAUACAUGAACAGGAUAAUGGUAAGAAAGACGAUUUUAUGCUCAAGCUCAUGAGAUCGCUGUCUGAAGAAGUUGAAAGCUCUAGCAGUGAAGAGAGCUCUGAAGAACUUGAGGUAUCAGAAGAAACCUGCAGAUAUGCAGACUAUUUAUCCAGUAACAUCAUAUCUGUUGCUACUGACUUGGCUGCUUACUCAAUAGAUGAUGACUCUUCACAAGGAGCAACGCCAAGGAACCUGUCCCAGUUAAGUGUUCUGAGUGAUAAGUGGGGAUACCCUGCCUACAUGAGAAAUAUUACAGAGGAACUUUUAGACACACUCUGCAAAUAUGCCAACAGUGUUGCUGGUGAAGUAAUCAGUGAUGCAAAGGAAACCAUAGGAAGCCGGAAGAACUCUCUGUGUGAUGUAGAUUAUUGUAAUUCUCAAACAUCAGGCAAAGAUUGUCGACAUAAAAAAAGUAAAUUUUUUAAUGUAGAUAUGAGUUAUAAAGCAUCUGAUCCUACUACACUUUCUCUGCCUCACAAUAACUGUGGAACCGGUUUGACUUCUAAGUACCCUAGCUGUGAGAGUGUGACUGAGGAAUAUGCCGAUCACCUUAUCAGAGUACUAAAGAUGGAAGGUGGGAAUAGUGAGUUAAUAUUAGAUCAGUAUGCAAGCAGGUUAGUUUACAGAGCUAUGAAGUCUGGCCUCCAGCAGGCCUCAAAAAACAUCAAAGUUAAAUGUAACCGUAAGAUUGUGUCUAAAGUGAAGUCGGAGGCCAGUACUAGCAAAGACAUUUUUAGAUUGUUAAAUAGGAGCCACCAUUCAGAGAAAGACAAACGUAGACAAAGUAAUGUUACCCUUCAUUCAUUCACUGAAGACUCAGUACAGAAACCUGAAUUUACUGCCCUACUUCAUUUGGCAGAGUCUCUUUCACAGACUAUAACAUGCGAUGUAAGGAGAAAGCUCAAAAUGUCCUCUGCGACUCUUCCCAAAUCACUGACUGAUUCUUGUCUCUAUUCUAAAUCUAAGAACGAUUACAUUACUGGUGAUCUAGUCAAAUCAUCAUUUCCUAAGUCACUUCUUCCUUUACCUUACCAUAAGCAGAAACUAUAUCACAGCACCAGCAGUUUAAAUGAUCAUGGUCUGAAUGAUGGUAUUCUAAAAGCUAUUGAGCAGUAUGCAUGCAAAGUGGUAGACAGAACCUUGGAAGUUAGCAUGGAAGCAGCCAAGCUGCAGGCAAUGGAGAAUAAGAAGAAAACUGAUAAGGUUCAUCAUGCUGGAAAACUGAUACAUUCUUAUGGGACUGCAUGCAGGCUUUGUAGUGCAAUCGAUCAGCUCGGCAGCUCUGUAUCGUCUUGUCAUUUCUUGCUAGGACAUGACAGCUCCAGAAAGGGUAAAUUGUGCUCUAAGUCCAGGCAAAACUCUUGUCAGAAAUCAAGAUUUUUUCAUCUUAAUAUCCCUAAGAUCCACAUUGACCUUGAUAAAAGAUCAGUGUUUGCUGAUAAAAUAGUAAGUGCAGCACUUGAGAAAGCAGAACGUGAACUGAGCAACGCAAGUCUGGGGGUUGAUAGUGGCGUUGGACACAAUGGCAUAAGCUUUGCUGAAAGUCUUACUGCAGAAAUCAUGAUGUCUGCUAUGAAGAAUAUUGGGCAUGUCAGUAUAAGUUCUAUUGGCAAAGAUGGCUUCCAGUCGGUGGACUCUGCAACCAGUCAACAUACUAGUGUCAGUGUAGGUGAUGACAGCACAGGCAGCUGGUCAAAUCUGAGCUUUGAAGAUGAACACCAAGAUGAAUGCAGCAGUUUUCUUCAUCUUAGUGACAGUAAUGGUAACAGCAGUAGCUGGAGCAGUCUGGGAUUGGAGGGAGACAUGUGUGAAGAGAAUUUAUCCUUUCCACCAUCAGACAGUGACGGGACAGAAGAAAAGGAUGAAGACCCCAAAAUAACUGCAGAAGUUGUAAAUCAACAGUUGAAGACUCUACACAUCAGAAAUGUGGACAUUGGACCAAGCUCAGUGGAGUCGCAGCUCAGGAUGAUAUUACAGUGGAUUGCAGCCUCAGAGUCUGGCAUUUCUGAGAUACACUUUCUCGACCAGGCCAAACAAGAGAUAUUGCCUCUAUUCAGACGUGUAAGAGAAAAAGGCUGGAAAAUUGGUGACCUUUUACAAGCUGUUCUACUGUACUGUGAAAACUUGGCUAUAUCUUCAGAUAUACCCUGUCCUUUGUAUGGCUGGCUUUUGGAAUAUUGUUAACGGGCACUUUAUUACUGAUGGGACAGAUGUGAAUUUAUCUGCACAUGGUUAUUUAAACAGCGUUUUUUGUUCAGUUACUAUACUGUAGCUUUGCAUUGUGGAAUGUGUGUGUGUACAGACCUCUCCAUAUAUACAUGAAGCAUAUCUACGGGAUCGGUACCAAGACAUUUCAAAUACCUGUAGUGUUCUUGGCAUAAAGUGAAGAGACGUUCAUAUAGCACUUGUUGUAUUGGCUUGAGGAUGCUAUUUUUAUGUCACAUAUCUGUAUCUGAUAAUUGCUUCUAGAUUUUAUUUAUGUCACAACAUAAAUAAAGUUAGAUUGCUACUUUAUCAUUUAAAGGACUUGUAUGCACAGCGCACAGACCUUGCGAGACACGUGAUUGUAUAAUUUAUAUUUUCUGAGCUCUUUGUAGUGAAAUGUACCUUAUUUGUAUCACAUAAUUCACAUCUUCAGGACAAAUCUAACCCAAGACUAACAGACCAAAGUAGAUAGUUCUUCUCUUAAAUUGGUAUGGAAGUCUAGGCACAUGUGCAUCAAGAUCAACCCUUUUCUUUUAGUUGUAAAAAUACUUCUUGUAUCUAACUUUACUGGCAUGGAGGUAUGUGAUGGAUAUGAGCAGUUGCCAGACAAAUAUGGUGACUCAUCAUUUUUGAAAGAGUUUGAAAGAUAAAAAGCCACCCUCUUUAACCCUUGAUUGGCAGUCCCCAUAAGUGUUUCUCAAAUUGUAAGCUGUAAAUUUUUUCUAAUCCUGUACAACUCCUUUUAAAGGAAAACCGACAUCCUGUUUACCAGCACUAAACCCAAUACACUGGGUUAUAGUGCGGGUAAACAGCAUCACAAAGA